UCGGUAUCAAUUUUUUUAAUUUCGCUACUUUGAUAGAUACACAUAUUACAGUCGCUAUCAUGUCAGGUACAAAGGAAGUAACAGAGCUGCAAGCGUUUAAAACAGUCUUUUUUCACAGUGUGGUGAUACUCGCGCUACCUGUGGUCGCUUUCUUUACAAGCAAAAUUUUUCUCUUUGAUGGUAUAUUAGGUCUCAACACAGUAUCAAGUAAUGUGUAUUCGGCUGGCAUUGCAGUAAUAGUGUUACACAUUGCCUUAGGAAUUUUUAUAUAUAGAGCAUACUUUGAUGAUCGAUCAAGAACACCAGCAGUUAAGAGAGAUUAGUUUUUUAUUAUUAAGUACACCUUGGUGAUCAUACACUUAUGACAUAAUCACAAUCAACACAUUUGUCUCGGAUAAUAUUAAGUGGCAUUGUAAAGUAAAACUUUUAUGUGUUGUCACAAGAGUCAACGAUACUUUUUUCUUUAAUUUUACUCUAGUCAGUAAUCGGUUGAAAGCCAUUUGCAAUUUGCCAAAAUUAACAAUUAAUGCUAUCUGUGCAAUGUAAUUUAUAUAAAAAUGAAAUUUUACAAAGCAACUUACAUUCCACAACUUCAAACGUUACAUAUAUGCAUUACAUAUUCCCAGUAUACUGUUUGAUGUCCGUACAAACGUUAAAAUAUUUUGAAUUUUCACGUACAAAUAAAUGUACGGUGAAUUAGAA